AUGCCGAACAAUGGGAAGAAGCCCGGAAGUGAGGAGUCGAAAGGGGGCCAACAUGCGGAGAAAGAGGGGAACCUGGUCACGAUGUCUCUUAGCGGUGGAUUGAACAAGGUCUUCCGAUUGGACUUGAGAGAAUUAAGAAAAUUGGCUUUGCGAGAUAGCUGCAAUUAUACCGCCUCCUCAAUCACCCAGAAUCAAUGUCGCGUCCCCUUGGCACAGAAACACAAUAGGGACAAGACCUCACCUUGUGUGCAAGACAGUCAACGAAAUGGUGUUUACUCGCCAGGUAUAAUGGGCACACAACAACCUAGGCGUCCUUCAAAUCAACCACAGCCACACCAUUCAUCUCCAUCUACCUCGACUCCCGGUAGCCGAAGACCAGAUUCACAUGGACAGGGCAAGACAGGUGCUUCGUUGCCUUCUGUCAGUCCUUCUGCUGUUGACUCCAUGACGGCUGUCGCCGACGAUGGGGCUAGCACUGAAGAGUUCUUUGGCAAAAGCAGUGCUGGCUCCUUUACGGCACAGAUCAAGAAGGCCAUCGAUCUUAGACUAGGCAGGCCUACAACAGACUCACAAGGCAACUCAUCAAGCGUUCCCAGAUCAUUUAGUGGUAUAAGUUCCACAACGUCAGCUUCAUCGUCUACACUCUCGUAUGUUCUUCCUCCGCGUAGGCAAGCCGAUCAUCUCAUGGAGCUCUAUUGGUUCUACGUCGACCCAUUGUAUCCCUUUCUUGAUAGGACGCGUUGGAACAGAGCCUACAAUGCUAUUUUCGCUGGUACAGCAAUGGACUUGGACGAGCGUAUCUUCAUGGCUACUCUCAACGUCAUACUCGCCCUCUCAACGCAGCUUUUUGAGUCACAAUCUCCAGAUCAGCGCGAGCAAUCAAGCGAAACAUUUUUUCAUCGUGCACAGGAGUUGUUACCCAUGAACCCUUGGGAACCCGGUUCGCUAGAGCUUGUGCAAUGUCUCUUGGUAACAAGCCAGUAUCUUCAGAGUACAAAUAACCCUCAUCAAACCUGGAUGGUGAUUGGCUCAGCUAUCAGGAUGGCCCAGGGUUUGGGCUUCCAUUUGCCUGAGACAUCGUCGAGUCGUUCAGAUCCUGGAGAACGGGAGUUGCUGAGAAGGAUAUGGUACGGAUGUGUUCUCAUGGAUCGUCAUAUACAGGAGAACAGAUAUAAAGAGAAGGAGACAUACUCGGAUCCCGAAUGCUCAGACGGUGAAGAUGACGACCUUGAUAGAGUAGUCCAACUCGAUCGCUGCAUCAGCCGGUGGGAGUCAAGACUGCCGAAACAUCUCAGAUGGGACUUGCUUGAGUCUAACACAGACAAGAUAGCGCAACGCCAGGCGGUUAUUCUUCGCAUGAGAUUUCUUCACGCACGUAUUUUGCUUCUCAGACCAAUUCUGUCUAGGUUCUGCCUUUCGCCGUUCCCAUCGGAAAGGCCGCAGGCUGAGGACAACUUACAAGCUCGUGUCAUCCAACAAAGUGCCAUGUUUUGCGUUACCACAGCCCAGAAUAUGAUCAACACACUAGUCGCGCAUCGGUCGAUGGAUAGUACGGUUGGCCUUCUUCCAGCAUGGUGGUAUCGGGUUUAUUAUGUCUACUCAGCUGCGACAGUCCUGAUUGCGGCCAAGCUGAGGCCGGAUGUGUUUUCUGCUGUUGAGAUCGGACAAUCUUGGGGCCAGGCCAUCUCGCUCCUCAAGACACAUGAACAAUUUGGACAGUCAGCGAAGAGAUGCGUCACUGCGCUGCAUAUUCUCUCUUCCAAGAUUUUGCAGGCUAAUUCUAGAGGUUCGCUGGGGCGUGAGGUUGCAAGCAACAAUAAUGGGAUACUAUACCCGGACACACGAGACGAUCAAAUGCCUCCUCAUAUGAUACCCGAUAUGGAAUCACUUGAUCGUAUGCAGCAGCUGGCUCAGGGGUUUGAAUCUCCAGUACCUGACUUCAACCCUCGGGACUUUGCAGAUUUCGACUUUAAUGUCAAUGACAUGUCUUGGUUGAACGAUAUACAAGGAGUUUGGGAGCUCCUGAAUGAAUAG